AUGGCUUCCAGUUUGCCCCGGUGCCUCCAACUGUGCCUCCUGUGCGUUGCAGUGAGAUCGGUCGAGUCUGCAAAGUGCGUCUAUCCGGGCGGUGAAUGCUACGAGUUGAGGCUUCAGAAAUGUAAAGACUCAGCCAAUUGGACCAUUCAUGGCCUGUGGCCCGAGUGGGACAAUGGAUGCCCGGGACCGAAGUUCGAUGUCAGCGCUUUGACAUCAAUCCGAAGCGAGAUGGAGGCGAAGUGGAUAUCUUGUCCUGAGUUCGGUGAGGCCAACGAGGUCUUCUGGCAGCAUGAGUGGGAAAAGCAUGGGACAUGCUCGAGAAUGGACGAAGCCAGCUUCUUUAAAAAGGCGUUGCAGCUCUACGAUCAGUACAAGGUCAAAUGUGGCAAAAAGAAGGAAGGGGACUGCGCCAUCUGCUUCAACGAGGACUUGGUCACUCUGGAAACUUGCCCUCCAAUUCUUGGCCUCGUGGUCUGA